AUGGAUCGCUGGGCCUUGCAGACCAACCCGCGUGCGCUGGGAUGGACGCUGUCCACCGUCACGGCGAUCAUCACAGCCGUGGCCGCCACGGGCGAGACCAUCAACGGCCUGGUGCAGGGCUACGAUAGUGACGAGUUUUUCAGCAGCCACCGCCUGUCACGCUUCAUCCUGACCUACGUCUUUGUCAACUUUAGCCUCGACCUCGUACUCGGGUCCAUCGACUACCCGCAGUUUAUUGAUCCGCUGAGCGGCUGGACCCACCACAUCCUCUUCAACACCCUCAUCCUGGGCCUGACCUACCACGACUCCCACAACACGCUCUUUUACGCCUUUAUCGAGGAGAUCCCCACCCUCCUGUUGGGCCUGGGCAACAUUCAUCUGCCGUGGCGCCAGGACUUGCUCUUUGGUGCCACCUUCUUCCUCACUCGCAUUUGCUACCAUGCCUACCACGCCUACGUCAUUCUCACUCACAUUCAUCAGCCUCGACCGAGCGUCAUCUAUGCCGCCCUCUUCACCUCCUUGACCUUUCUCCUUCACGUCUAUUGGUUUAGCAAUUGGGUCCGCAAUCUGCCCAAGUACCUCAAAGCGAUUGCGCGCUCUGCCAACGAGCGCCCCAAAGCCCAAUAA